GUCGGCUCGUGAUCGACGACGCAUGAAACUGUAAGUGUGAAUAUGACUUUAUGUUUAUGUUUUUCAACAUACAAAUCAAAUUCUAUCAUACAAUCACGAUCGUUUGUAGAACAAAUUUGCGUGCAUUGUUUAUAAAUAGUGGCUCGCGUAAAAUAACACUUCUGUGUUAAAAUUAUACUCGAUUUCUAUGGCUUAACCUGUCUGGUUACGAGCAACUAUUGUUUCAACGUAGUGUUUUAAUUGAACUGUCGUCGACUCUGCGCUAUAAAGAAAAGUAGAGCGUACAGGAAGAAGUGAAAACACAAAGAAGACGAUUAAAUUUCGAAAGAAGACCGAGGACGGAGAUUUCGAACUUUACAGGAUAAAGGUUAUUGAUUCGAUCGAAACGGGACAGUAUGAAUUACGGAAAGAAAUCUCCUAGCAUGGGCACUCCAUCGCUAUAUUCGCACGUUACUACACGCAGUAGCGCGAAUUUAAAAUCUUCGCGAUCUGUGCGCAGCGUCAAAAUACCCUGGUAUCAAAAGCCAAUAUUGACACACGCCUAUGUGCUUGAUAUUCAAAGGGGCGCUAUGCUUACAGCAAUAUUUUCACUGAGUUUGGCCAUAUUCACAAUAUGUACAUCAAUAUUUGACCUGUACUGCCUUUCUCAAGCUGCACCAGGUUCAACGCACUAUGGUUACUACAUAAUAUCAUACGAAUUUGUUUAUGUGGGCAAUCGGCAUGUUCGUAAUGCUCUUGUUGUUUUUGCCUUAUUCUCCACACUCGGGGCAGUAGCAGUCUUCGUAACAUCUCUAAUGUUAAUAGCUGCUCUGAGAAAAGAGCACGAGAAAAGAAUGGUGCCCUGGCUCUACAGUUUUGCCGCAUUCAGUGUCUUCAGAUUGUUUGCAUUUUUAUUCUUUAGUAUAGUAAAUGACAUGAUAUUUGCUUAUAACACCAUGAUGUGCAUUCUGUGGUCGUUAUUUGUUUUAAUUUCCGUUUAUGGAUGGUUAAUCGUAUACUCUCUGUACGUGGAAUUGUGCGAUCUCACGCGAUUGGAGGACUUGGCACAUUUGAGAAUCGGCACCAUGCAGUCGCUGAACGCAUCGACUACACACUCGAUCGCUGGUUCUCGGCCAACAACACCUCACAGUGCGGUAUCGACGAUGCCAGCCAAUUAAGUAUCAAAAUUCUCAUAAUCAUUUAUCGCGUUCAGUACGAGAGGGCGACUCUAGCAUGACCUAAACACCAAAUUCGGGUGGAAACGAUAUAGUCGCGUCGUGAAUACGACACUGCCUUAAACGCCAUGCAUAUCUAAGUUGGUUAUGCGUUUGUCGUUUACCUGUUCUCGAUACCAACCGUCCAUUUGCUUUAAAUUCCGUCCAGAAUUUUAUUAUAAUUAAUUGUAAGACGUGUAUGAUAUUGCGUGUGUUUUACGUAAUUUCAAUCGCGGUACGAAUGCAGUGACAAUUACCCCCAUUGUAAUGUCCAAGAUAUUUUCUAUCGGAAAGAUCAAUC